ACCAAUUGAAAAGUGUCCCGUUUUUUUUUUGAUCCGGGCGUGCCCAUCUCCACGAUUCAAGCAUUGCAUUCUAUCCGAGACUGCCAAAAAUCGCUUAACAAGCUCCAAUGCUACAUGGUGGCAAGGGCUGAGUCGGGGAGCCGUUUGUUGCCGCGAUUGCCUCCCGUUUGUUCUCAGCUCGCGCUUGGCUCGGCCCCUGUCCUUGGCAAACGCUGGUUGCGCGUGGGCGAGCCGCUGGAGAGGCAAACCAUACGCGUGCUGGGGGCCAAAUGACACCCCAGACAACAAAACAGCAGGGUAUCCCCUCCUUGCCACACAACGGCGCAGCGCACGUCAGCCCUGCCUCUCGCCUGUCCGGAGGAGGCGCCCGGUCCAGGCGGCUGGUGGAGAGGAUGAUGGGGGCUAAAGUGAAUGGACCGUUGUUGGUUGGCUUGCAGCGCCCGCAGGCGCGCUCCAGCGUGUCGUGGGAACCGGCGGGAUCCCUGCUGCGGAUCCGGUCCGUGGACGCUCUCUGCAGGAGGAAUUGACCAAUAAAAUGGCGAGUGCACUUCUUGGCGACCCCCUCGAGGCUGGGGUUCGGGUGCUGUUGGUGGCCCGCAUCUGGUGGCGCCUCUUGGGACGCGGCCUGCUGGCCGCCCUCGGCCAGGGUCCCGGUGAAUAAUGAGAUUGCUAUGUGCUACUGAGGCGCGAUGCAUAUAAGAUGGCCGCCCCCCAAAUCGUGAUGGCUUCAGCAUUUGCUAUUUAGAGUGUGUCACUUGCUUGGCCUCACGUUCUGCCUUCAACUUAAUAGCAAGGCCCCAAACCUAACACAUAAUGGUUCUCCCCAUUCUACUCCUCGCCCUUGCCCCAGUGGCAGCGGGCAGCGUUCUGCCCCGGCAGCAGAACACUACCGCGUACUGCGGUAUGGUCAGCACCGAGGCCAAGGCGCAGACCAAAGACGUCGCAACUGUGGCCCCUUCUGUGGCAUUGAACUGCCUACACUCUAUAGAGGUUGACACCGGGAGAGACGUCGGGCUUAUUGACUACCUUUCACCUUACCUCCAGGAGCUCAGCACUCUCGGCUACCUGAAGAGCCCGCCGCCUGGGUAUUUGGUACCUGGAGUCGACCUGGCUGGCGCCCUGAGCGAGAUGAGGAAGAAACUCGUCGACGGAAAGUAUUCAAACCAAUACCAGUUCAUGAGCGAGCUUAGGGGUGUGUUCAAUGCCGCUUCCGAGGGUCAUUUGUUCUAUCUCCCUGCCCUGCUUACCGCCCUCCAAUUUCUUCGCGCCGUGCCUAUCACAUCGGUUUCCAGCGAUGGAAUUCAGCUUCCGAAGAUCUACGCCGCGACGGAUAUCUCCAAGGGAGCUGGCGCUGGAUUCACGCCUUCCGAGGUGAUCGAGAUCGACGGCGAACCGGUUCAGGCGGUGCUCCGCGCCGCCUCCUUUGAGGUUGCAAACCGAGACCCGGAUUCCAAGUACAACGAGCUCUUCGAGAAAGGGACAAGGCCUGGCCACUUUGUCACCGGCUUGCGUGAACUUCGGGACAACACGACUUUCAAGUUUGCCAACAACACCAUCCGCACUUUCCCCAACUAUGCGGCCCUCGCCCGCGAAGAGAUGCGCAUCUGGAACAGCAUAAACACCGGCGCGGACGUGCAUCGGGUGUUUGAGCUUCCUGGCGGCGACGGCAGCGCAGAGAGCCUCGCGCACGCAAAACGCCAUCUCGAAAACCCGCUGCUGGCCCACCAAAGGCCGCUUGACCGCCGCCAGUCCCCCACCGGCGCCCUGUCGGGGAAGGAGGAGAUCGUGGAGAAGGACAAGUGGGGCACCACGUUUGGCAUCUUCCUCGGAGGAGACAGCAAGUACCGCGACACAUGUGUCCUGAGGGUCCUGACUUUCAGCCCUGAUGCGAAGCUCAAUGUCACUGAUGCCAUGCUCCGCGCCGAGAUGCGGAGGCUGGUGAGGUCGCUGUCCAAGAAGUGCAAGGACAGCGGCCGCACCAAGCUCAUCGUCGACUUGCAGGGUAACGGCGGCGGCGCCUUCUGGUCCGGUCUUGAAAUGUAUCGGAACCUCUUCCCCAAGUCUGAGGCGUUCCAGGCCAUCAGGUGGCGCGCAACGCCGGCCAUGCAGCACUACUCGAACAGCGUCUGGGGCACGAAGUUUGAGCUGGAUCUCUGGGGCGGGGCCAAGACGAUGAAGUUCACAAACUUCAGCAGCUCCGCCGACCUCUUCGGCCCCGACAAGACGGUCAAGCAGGACAGCGUUACCAACCGGGCCCUGGUGGACGCUAGGACGACCGAUGACGGCGCCUUCACGUUGAUGGGAUUCGACACGUCCGACACCGGGGCGCCGCAGGAGCCGCCGUUCAAGCCCGAGGACGUCAUAGUCGUCACCGACGGGGGCUGCGCGUCCACGUGCGCGGGCAUCGCCGGCCUCAUGACCAGGGAGGCCGGCGCCCGCUCCAUCGCGCUGGGCGGGAGGCCGCAGGAGAGACCCAUGCAGGCCAUCGGCGGCACGCGCGGCGGCGAGGUCCGCCAGCUCGACUUUUUGAGGGAAAUGGCGACCUCACCCACAAUGCCGCCCGCGCCGUCGGGCGUCAAGCUGCACCCCGUCGCGAGCCCGCCCCUGGAGCCGACGGACCUGGCCGGGUCCGCCAGCAUCAACUGGUACAACGAGUACCCGAUCGGGGCGCCGGCGGACGCGCCGCCGCUGCAGUUCGUCUACGAGGCCGCGCACUGCCGGCGCUUCUUCCGGCCCGAGAACCUGCGCGACCCGCAGACGGUGUGGCAGGACGCCGCCGACGUGGCGUGGAGGGGCGCCAAGUGCGUCAAGGGCAGCACCGUCAACGCGGACCAGACCAUGCCGGCCAGGGGCGGGCUCGAGAACACGCCCCCCUACUCGGACGCCGUCCGGUUCGAGGCAAAGUACACGGGGCCGGGCGCCGUCAACAACGGGGUGGCCCCGAGCGGGACGCCGCCCGUCUGGCGCGCCGGGAACGGGGCAGGGGCCACAGGCAGCGACGCCAAGAAGGACGCCGCCGGGUCGCUCAGGGCCUCGGCCGUGGCUGUCAUGGCCGCUGCCGCUGCCGCCGCGGCGAUGCUGCUGGCUUAAUCACGAAGCGAAUGAUGACUUUUUACAUAUAGCAAGCGUGGUUUAGAAUUUCUUAUAGCCAUAAUGGAUAAUCCGUACUCUGCCAA